CGGCUGCGUAACGCACGCAGGAUUCCGGGCGCAGCGGCUCGGCGGCGCUGUAGAUGAGCUGCUGCAGGUUCACAUCCCCCGCGUACUCCAUGAUGAUGGUGCCGAUGACGCCGUGGCCGAGCAGCUCGCCGCCGCCGGGGCUCAGGGUGCUGGCGGCGAUCACGCGCACCAGGUUCUCGUGCCGCAGGUGCGCCGCGUUCAGCUCGGCCCAGAAGCUCUGGCGCGAGGCCAGCUUGUUCUUGGCGCACUUGACGCGCUUCACCGCCACCGUCUCGCCGAAGUACACCGCCCUGAACACCAGCCCGAACCCGCCCGAGCCGAUGGGCUCCGGGUCGCACAGCUCGUGCCAGUGGAUCACGGAAGACCAGAGCCUGCACGCGAGCUUCCUGUGGACCGGGAACCGGAGGCUCGCGGCCCCUGAGGGUUUAGUGAGCGGGCUGCUGCAGACGCCCAGCUCGAGCCCGAAGUCUCUGGGGAGGAGGCGUGAGACGGGGACGGGGGACGGCAUGGUGCCGGCUCAGCAGGAGGGGAUCUGCUCCACGCCGCAGCCACAACACCUUUGGAUUUGCCUCGCUUAUUACGGUGUUGCCAGAUUGCUUCGGGUUCCUACUUUACUAGCCUUCUUAAAAUCUGUUUUAUGAAAUAGUAGCGAUUUUAUUUUUUUAAUUAUUGACAUACUUGACCAGGAGUUAAUGGAGUUUUACAUUAGGUUUUGCAGUGGUUCAUAGUGAACGCCGGGCUCAUGCUGUAGUGAAUGGAUCCGAUCUGGCAACCCGAAAUGGCCAGGUGAUCGUGUUUGACUAAGUCGCGUGACUUUAUGCGGUCCGGCCAUUGGCUGAGUCCUGAAUGGCCCCGCCCUCCUGAUGUAAACCGGCUGGGGGAUGUUUGUCCGGAGCCCAUCAAGCCCCGAAUGGUGGUUUGUUUUCAGUCUUGUGUGCCCAGACCCCCCACCCCCACACCCUUCCGGUGCUUCAGGCCCAGGUUUGUAGCUCCCGCCUGCUCGUGCGUUUUAUGCCCAUGAAGCCCCCUGAGAUGUUCGUGGUGUUAGAUGGACUAAUUACAGUUUUGCUUUAUUACAGUCACAGAGCUUCAGACAGACUGGAGGAGUGCAACUUAACACACAUACUGACAUAAUACUUUUUAAAUAAGUAACAAAACAUAACCUUUUAUUUCAAAACUCCAUUAAAAACUACAUAAUAAAAACUUUAGGCACAGGGUUUCAAAAGCUGACCCUUAUUUACAUGAAAGCUGUGCAUAACAAAUAUAAAUGAACGGAAUAAAUAGAAUCUAUAAUAAUGUGGGUAAAGUGUUAAAACAUGUAGCGAUUUGUUUUGACGACUGAAGCUUUGAGACACGGUGUGAAGAUGAUGAGAGGUUUGAGUACACGGGGCCAUUUACAGUUAAUCUAGAAGAUUUUUAUUUAUAUACAUAACCAACGGUUUGAGCAAAAGGACUGAACUCAGAUCGAGUUUAUAAGCAGAGAAUCCGGACUGGGUGAAUAAUUUAUCAGCAGCGUACGCUAACGUUACGUCAUUACGUCACGUUACUGACCUAUUCGAAACCAGCUAACGCAUGACGUCACACACGUGAUUUACUAAAAGUCUGCUUUUUUCUUAGAACUGUAACGCAUCAACCCCCCAUCCAUCUCUCUCUCUCUCUCUCUCUCUCUCCACGGGACGACUGUUUUUGUGUGUAAAUGUGUAAACCGCUCUCCUUACCUGUUGUUGGUGCGUUACCAUGACGACAGUUUAAGGGAGAUCCCCAGCGGUGACGUAAGGGGAUUUCCAUAGAGCUGCUUGAACGUGAUUGUAAAGUGAAAGAUCUACCAAACCGUGAGACACCGAAUCGCAUGAGGAGAGGAGAGGAGAGGAGAGGAGAGGAGAGGGGUGUGUGUGUGUGAGAUCAGCAGAAGCGCUUUCCUGUAGCACACACACUGACUGCAGUUUAGUGACAGAGUAGCCGGAAGUGAGUGUGUGCAGUAGAGUAGAGUGGUGUAGAGUAGAGUAGAGUGUAGAGUGUCUCCUUCUCCUCUCCGGGAGCUCAGACGAACCUGGAAUCGUUUUACGAGGACGAACAUUUAAAAGAAGAAGCAGCUCCCCGGCGUUUCCCCCAGCUGCUUCUCCACCCUGCCAUGAGAAUCAUGAGCGGAUCUGUUCAGAACGGCGCGCUGGGGGCACAAGAUUUCGACCUCGCGCUCAUAGAUGAAUUCCUACUGGAGAAUUCAGCUAAAGAGAGACUCCCAGGUCCUCCUCUUCCUCCACCUGCAGACUCUGAUGAUCAGCUUCCCACCCCGACAGUAAUACCCGGAUGCAGUUCUGCUCCAGUGCUGGUCCCCAGAUGUACAGCCUCCAAGAAUUUUGACAUGCUCCCUUCAGCCAGCACGUCAGCACUUGCACCAUCUCGUGGCUCUCGAGGCCAGCGGCGCAGUACAGCUUCAGCAUUGGCUCCAUGUGUGCGUCCUCAGCACACAGACACUGAACAGCUGGAGCAGCUGCUGGACAAACCAGAGCUGGUGGUGGUGGAACAGCCCAAGGAGCGCGGCAUGAGGUUCCGCUAUGAGUGUGAGGGCCGAUCGGCUGGCAGCAUCCUGGGAUCCUCAAGCACUGAUGUCAACAAGACACUACCUGCCAUUGAGCUUCAAGGGCCAAUUGAAAGGAUAAAAAAGGUGACGGUCACAGUGUCUCUGGUGACGAAGGACCUCCCUCAUCGCCCACACCCACACUGUUUGGUGGGAAAAGACUGUUCAGAUGGCAUUUGUGUGAUCAGCUUUAACCCUCACAGCACACGGCGCCACAGUUUUGUGAAUUUAGGCAUUCAGUGUGUUCGGAGGAAGGAAUUAGAUGUUUCUCUGUUGAAGAGGAAGAAGAAAAACAUCGAUCCGUUCAGCACUGGCCACUCGAAGAGUAUUGAGGACAUGGACAUGAAUGUGGUUAGAUUAUGUUUCCAGUGUGAGCUGGAAAGGGAAGAUGGGGACAGGACCCACCUCUACCCUGUGGUGUCAAACCCCAUUUACGACAAAAAAGCUACUACAACUGCAGAGCUGAAGAUCAACAGACUGAACAUCGUGCAAGGUCCCUGCACAGGCAAGACCGAGAUCUACAUGCUCUGCGACAAAGUGCAAAAAGACGACAUCGAGAUCAUCUUCAGUUGGGGCAACUGGGAGGCGAAGGCGGAGUUUGCACAGACCGACGUGCAUCGGCAGAUCGCCAUUGUCUUCAAGUCGCCGCCGUAUCAGGAGCAGGACAUUGCUGAAGAGGUCGAGGUUAAUGUGUCUCUCCGUCGCAUUUCAGACCGCAUGUACAGUGAGCCGGUGAAGUUCACCUACCUGCCUCACAAUCCAGAUCCAUAUGAGGUCAAACGCAAACGGAAAAUAAAAUCCAACAAGUUUAACGAGGACUGCGGUAUCGGUGCAGAUGUGACCAUGAGUACACCAGGUCCAGCACACCAGUUCUGCGCUGAUGUGUUUGACAGCGGUAUUCCAGCCCAGGAGGAGAGUAAAGCCACAUUCCCUCAGGCCCUGAAUGAGAUCCACUAUGAAGACACUGGGCUCCAGUCGGAUGAGACGUGUGUCAGCCUGGACACAGAGACGAUGAAUAGCCUGCUGUUCAGCCUUAAUGAAUGUCUGGGCUCCCAAAACUUUCUCCAGCUUUUGAACAGCCAGGAUCCGAACGCCAACAUCGCAGACACAAACCUGAGUCACCUGGAAGCUGGCCAGCCUCCUGCUUUGUCAUUCACUGACCCGUUUUACAACCCCGAACUUCCACAAGACCUGCAGGACAUUUUUUUACGCCAGGUCAAAACUGAAGACGACUCCUAAAGGCCUCAGUAGGUGCUUAUAAGAGUAGAGAAGUAGAGAGAGCGCCUCGUUUUCAUUAGUGGAAAAUACGGACUGGGGUCUGUACUCCUGAAUUGUGCAUGGAGGUUUAGAUUCACACUGGAUGCCAUGUACUGUCGCUGAGAGCUCUCAAAAUGACCUUUGGACCUGAAGGACAAAUCGGAGGACAGUCCUGACAAUGGGCUUUGUGUGUGUAUACAUAUAUUCAUGCUAUGAAAAGGCUACUCAGACCUUUGGCUUUCACCACUUUGUAGUGUGUGUAAUGUCUAGUUAACGUGAGCUUGAUGCCCUUCUGCGUGGUGAUGUAAGGUCUGGGGGAGGCAUGUGACCUUUACGUAGUCCUGUACGAAGAAAACGAGAAGAGAUGCUGUUUGAGUGCUUUAUGAGGAGUAGUUGUCAAAUAGGCCAUUAGUGGACUGCGCAAGCUUCAUAUCUUUGAAUUAACCUAUACUCAGUGUGGACGGAAAACGUGUGACGGUCUGAGGUUUUUUGUGCUGGAGUAUAUACUGCUUAGAAGAGUGUCAAGUUUAGCAUUAAAUGUAAUGAUGUAAUGACACGUUAAUUUUAAGAUAGUUGAUGUUUUAGAAUUUGUUUGACAUUCUGUGAUAUACAACCCCGAUUCCAAAAAAGUUGGGACAAAGUACAAAUUGUAAAUAA